GUGACGAAGCUCCACCGUUCCUGUCCACACACCAGCGACCCCCGGAGAGAUGCCGGCCAUCCUGAAAACCCUCCGCAGCCACUGGAAGAAGACGGCGGCCGGGCUCGGCCUGCUGACCUGGGGGAGCCACUGGAUCUACGGCAAACACUGCGACAACCUGCUGAGAAGAGCAGCCUGUCAAGAAGCUGAGGAAUUCGGCAACCAGCUCCUCCCGCCCAAUGCGCAAGUGAAGAGGGCUACAGUCUUCCUGAACCCGGCCGCGUGCAGAGGGAAAGCCAGGACGCUGUUUGAGAAAAAUGCUGCCCCAAUACUGCACUUGUCAGGCAUGGACGUGACCGUGGUCAAGACAGACUAUGAGGGCCAAGCCAAGAAACUGCUGGAGCUGAUGGAGCACACAGAUGUGGUCAUCGUUGCCGGGGGAGAUGGGACGCUGCAGGAGGUGGUGACUGGGGUUCUUCGGAGAGCGGAUGAGGCCACCUUCAGUAAGAUCCCCAUCGGCUUCAUCCCACUGGGACAGACCAGUAGUCUCAGCCACGCCCUCUUUGCUGACGGAGGAAACCAAGUCCAACGCAUCACCGCCGCUGCCCUGGCCAUCGUGAAAGGAGAGACGGUACCACUGGAUGUCUUGCAGAUUAAGGGCGCAAAGGGACAUCCCGCGUUCGCCAUGACCGGCCUCAGAUGGGGCUCCUUCAGGGACACCGGCGUCCAAGUCAGCAAGUACUGGUACCUGGGACCUCUGAAAACCAAAGCAGCCUACUUCUUCAGCAUGCUGAAGGAGUGGCCGCAGACUCACCAGGCCUCGAUCUCGUACACGGGACCCACUCCGCGGCCCCCCAACGAGCCGGGAGAGCCUGCCCCACGGCCCUGGCUCUACCGGAGGGUUCUGAGGAGGCUGGCCUCCUUCUGGGCCCAGCCUCAGGAUGCCUCCCCCCGAGAUGCACAUCCCGAAACCUGGAAGGAGGUGCAGCUGGCCACCAUUGAGCUGUCCAUCAUGACGCGGAACCGGCGUCCUGACCUGGCGGGCACGGAGGACUUCAUGGACAUCUGCAUUGAACCCGACACGGUCAGCAAGAGCGACUUCAUCACCAUUGGUGCCCAGGAGCUGGCCACUGCCCUGGUUCUGCAGGAAAGAGAGGACCCAGCCCUGUGUCCAGCCGGCACGGAGCACCUGCAGGCCAGCAAGUGCAUGCUGCUGCUGCCCGAGGGAACUGGGGGCUCCUUCAGCAUCGACAGCGAGGAGUACGAGGCAAUGCCCGUGGAGGUGACGCUGCUGCCCCGGAAGCUGCUCUUCUUCUGUGACCCCAAGAAGCGGGAGCAGGUGCUGCAGGCCCCGGCCCAGGAAGUGGCGGAGCCGCAGGGGCCUGAGGUAGCGGCCUUGUAGGACAGGCCCCUGGGAGCUGGAUAGCUGCCCCAUAGAAUCGCCAGACCCCACUCUGCACAGGGCCCUCUUCUCAUGUGACCACUGUCAUUCCUCAACAUGGACCAUCUACCUGCCCCCCUUCCAGAAGGUUCCCACCCCCCAGGAAGGAAGGGCCAAGCCGUCCAGGAACCCAGGCUGUGCCAGCACUGGAACCAGGGGUGGGGGCACUUCCCCCUCCUCCCCACCGGCCUUCAGCUCACUUCAGUUCUGCCCGCAGUCAGACAUGCAUGCAGAGGCCACCUCCCACCUCCUCAGCCAGGCCCAAGGGUGGGGUGGGGGGUGGUUUCCACCAAGGCCAGGACCCAGCUGGCUGGCGGGGGGCUCCAGAGAGCUGACUUCUCAUCUGGGUGGGGUCAAGAACUCUGCAUUUUUACAAAGCAGGUGGCUCCCCCUUACACGCCCUUGAAGAAACAGUAUUUUAAAGCCGUCCCCCAGAAACAACGUCUCAUGUUCCCACAGAGGUGUUUGGAAGAAUCAUGUGCCCUCCCCUUGAAGCUGAUGUUAAAUAUGCCCAUGGUGA